AUGACUUCAAUCCAGCCGUUUGAAGCAACAGAUUUGUUCAAGUUGAAUGACGUCAAUCUAGACAUAUUUACAGAGAAUUUUCCUCUUGAAUUCUAUUUUGAAUACUUAAUCCUAUGGCCUUCUUUAUUCUUUAAAUCUUUGGAGACGACAAGUUUACCUAACCAGGAACAUAUUAGUGGGUAUAUGAUGGCUAAAACAGAGGGUAAGGGGCAGGAUUGGCAUUCUCAUAUUACUGCGGUAACUAUUGCACCAGACUAUCGUCGUAUAUCCUUGGCGUCUAUGCUAUGUAAUACGUUAGAGGUUAUUACUGACUUUAGACCACAUGAGGUGAACUUUAUAGAUCUGUUUGUGAAGUGUAACAAUUCGUUAGCGAUAAAGCUAUAUGAGAAACUUGGGUAUAAUGUGUACAGGCGUGUUGUUGGAUACUAUAAUAGCCUUGAAGACGGCUAUCCGAACUCAUUGAAUAAGGUUGAUGACGAUAAAGAUGCAUUUGACAUGCGCAAGAGUAUGAAACGAGAUGAAGGUCGGAGUACUCGAGAAAAUGGCAGAAAAAACCGUUGUUAUCCACACCAUGUAAGGUUCUAG